AUGGAGUUGGGGGCUGUGAGCUGCCUGCAGAACAUUAGCAAACUGCAAACCAAGCAACUGCUCCUCCUGAGGAGAAGACGAGAGGCUAUCCUGCGCUGCAAGGCGCAACUGGGAACUGCUGACCUCCAGGUCCAGCAGCAGCAGGCGACUCAAGAACUGCACAGACACUUCACAGGCUGUGCUAAGCUCCUCUCUCUGGCCAACAAAGCAGCUGAUCUUCAAACAAUGCAGGUGGCAGUCAAGGGCUUCACGCGAGAGUCCCAGAAACUGGGAUUGCUGGAUGAAAUGCUAAAUGAAGUUCUUGAAGAUGGAACGGCGCACUUUGAGGACGAGGAGGAGACAGAAGAAGAGAUCCAACAAGAACUCAUCGAAUACGCGAACUCAGAGAUCGACAGACAAUUGCCUCUGCAAGAGACCGUGUGCAAGUCGCCCAUCAGGGAUGUCCCUCUACUAGGGCAGGUGCAGCAGCAGCAACAACAGCAGCAGCGGCCGCAGCGACCCAAGCUCCAGCAGCAGCAAGCACUUAGAAAGCCAAAGCAAAUGCUGCUGCAGCAGUUUUCUACCAACCAGAGGACAGCUACCAGGGCACCAUGGCUAUCAAAGGACGAAGCCACAAUGGCAGAGCAACUGGAGCAGCGGCUGGGUUCCCUUUUGCGUUAG